GGCGGGCCCGCGGCACGGCCCGGGGCUGGCGGGCUGGGCAUGGGGGGCGCUGGGCCGGCGUGGGGGCCCGCGGGCCUGUGGGUGACGCUGGCGCUUGCCUGGAGUGCGGGAGUGGCUCUGGCCGCGGAGGAGCCGGCCGAGCCGUGCGGGGCGGAUGGGUGGGCGCAGGACGCCGUCCCGCCGGGCGCGGCCUUCGUCGCCACCGCGUCGUACCGCGGGCCCGGCAACAACGACACGCGGAACAACAAGGCGCUGCCCAUCCUGCUGUGGUGGAGCGGGAGCCUCUUCCCGCACUUCCCCGGCGACACGGAGCGCAUCGACUGCCCCCGCGGCUCGUGCCUCGUCACCCGGAGCCGGCGGGUGGCCCGGCACCGCCGCACCAAGGCGCUCAUCUUCUACGGUACCGACUUCAGGGCGUACGAGGCGCCGUUGCCCCGCCUGCCCCACCAGACCUGGGCGCUCUUCCACGAAGAGUCCCCCAUGAACAACUACGUGCUGUCGCACUCGCCCGGCAUCCGGCUCUUCAACUACACGGCCACCUUCCGCCGGGAGUCUGACUACCCGCUCACGCUGCAGUGGCUGCCAGGCACCGCGUACCUGCGGGCACCGGCCGUGCCCCUGGCCGAGAAGGACGCGUGGCGGCGGAAGGGCUACGGCCCGGUGCUGUACAUGCAGUCCCACUGCGAUGUGCCCUCGGACAGGGACCGCUACGUGCGGGAGCUCAUGAAGUACAUCCAGGUUGACUCCUAUGGUAAAUGCCUGCAUAACCGUGAGCUCCCCAGUGAGCGACUGAGAGACACUUCUACAGCCACUACAGAAGAUUCUGAAUUUAUGACUUUUAUUGCCAGGUACAAGUUCCAUCUGGCCUUGGAGAAUGCCAUAUGUGAUGACUACAUGACAGAGAAGCUGUGGCGUCCCAUGCACUUGGGUGCUGUCCCAGUGUACCGAGGCUCCCCAGCUGUGCGGGACUGGAUGCCAAACAACCUCUCCAUCAUUCUUAUAGAUGAUUUUGACAGCCCCCAAGAGCUGGCAAAGUAUCUUGAUUUCCUGGACAAGAAUGGAGAGGAAUAUUUGAAGUAUCUAGAGUAUAAAACCAUAGGUGGAAUCAAAAACCAGUUCUUGCUAGAGAGCUUGGAGAAGCGGGAGUGGGGCGUAAAUGACAUGACCCUGCCCAAUUACCUGAAUGGCUUUGAGUGUUUCAUCUGUGACAAGGAGAACACCCGGGUCAAAGAGGAGCAGAAACACAAGAAGUCUCAUGGAAAAAUUCCAGCUCCCAGACCUCAUAUAGCUCAGUUUAAGCACAUGGGAUGUCCUAUGCCAACCCCUGGGUUUGGAAGUGUUGAAGACCUCUCUGGUGGAGACAGUUGGAAAGAAAUGUGGCUGCAGGAUUAUUGGCAAAGCCUUGAUCAGGGUGAGGCCCUCACUGCUAUGAUUCAUCGCAAUGAGUCUCAUCAGGGAAGAUUUUGGGACUACAUGCAUGAGAUUUUUCUGAAGAGGACCAGGCAACACUGACCCAUCUUUGUAAGAGCUUGAUCUGAAUAUUGCAUUGAAAGUUGAAACUGUGAAUUCUUACUCACUUCAAAUGUUUGCCUUGAAAAAACAAAACCAAAAAAACUCUCAAAGAGACAAUUUUUUCUGGUGCACAAAGUGAGUAAGCUUCUGUUAUGAUUGGAUUUCAGCAGUGGAAACAUUUAUAACUGCUCUGGUUUCAGUUUCAUCUUCGUGGUGUGAAGCCACUCCAGGCUUGCAAGUGUCAACAUGUGGGGCAAAAGAGGAAUUUACUCUCCUUUUGCAUUUGCUAUACUUAUAUUGUGUCUUUCAUGACUUCAGGCUCUUGCUCAAGUGCCCUAAGGUAUUUCAGGGAUUUUUUAAGUCUUCAGAAUAUUAGUUGUUUUUUUAAGUAUUUUAUCAAUCACAAAUUUUCUUCAUUAAGAUGUACUUUUAGUUGCUAUUAACAAAUGGCUUUUCCGGUGAAGGAAUUACGAAAGACAUAUCUGUGAAGAGCAAUCGUGCCUUAUGAAUUUACUGCAAUAAAGUCUCUUCUCCCCAAGUAACAUGCCUCAAAUACUCCUUUUCAAGCUAACAGAAUAACUAUGGGAGGUCACUAAACUCUCUGCCUAAUUUUCCUCUUUUGAUGACUUAGUAGAUCAUACAUACAAUGCGAUGGGAGAACAAAUUAUUUAAGUUGCAACUUUCAUCAAGUAUUUCACACCAGAAAGUGCAUUACCUGGUACUGUGUAGAACAAAAUAAAAUUCUAUACUUUGGUUCUUUUAAGUAUCCAUCAAAUCUGAAAUCUGUAAUCUCUAUUUACUGUUAUCUCCUUAAUGCUAGCAAUUCAGAGGCUUUGGAUUUUUUUCCUUUUGAGUAUGUGCAGCUUUCUGCAAAGACAAAUACAUUUUCACAGUGGUGCCUUUCCAGUGGUCUCUGCAGUUUGGAGACAAGUCUUGAAGUCUUUGUAUGCUGAAAUGGGUGAUCGGAACCAGGUGCACUGAGAUGGUUUUGUAUCUCUACCGACCUUAACACAUUGUGAUCCUGGUCUGUAACCAGAGUUCCUGAAUGACAGCCUGUGGAUUGAUCUUCCUUGCUGCAUAGCCUGUAUUGCUUACAGGUAUAAAUAAACUCCACUGUUCCCUGCCAUAGUGGGUAUCUUUCUGAAAUAAUUGAUCUUGCAGUGGAGGGAAACUAAUUAAUUCAGGGUCAAAGGUUUAAAUGCACAAGCAAAUAUGGCCACACUGCAGUGAUGUCUCUGAUGGUAUAAUGUUAUUUUCUUUCUCCAUUUCCCCUCUGAAUAAGUUAACUACUGACUGAAGAGCCAGAGUUUAUCUUUGCUUAAGACAAUUUGUUGGUUAUGAAAGUCUACAGUCUGUUGUGUAACUUGAUUUUGUAAGACAGUUUAUGCAUUGCUAUGGGAAGUCUGAUGUCUGUCAGUAAAAGUUAGGAACAGCAGUGACUCUACAUUUUCUUCCUAAUUACAUCACUGUCUAUUACUUAGUGCUGUAUGGAUCACUUAAUAUCUUUUUCUUUUCCCUCAAAUCCCCCUUUAUAAUGUUAUAGAUAUGGGAUUACAGAUAUAAUACCAGUUAUAGGUAAUGAUCAUCUCAAUGUUUGCCUCUCAGGUGACAUAACAAUAAUGCCAUGUUAAAAUCAGGGCACCUUGACAGCAAAGACUUCAGACCUAUGACUAUCACUGGAUUUUUAUAAAUGUAGAAAAUGCAUACAGUUUACUUUGUUCUCACCUAAUCGUUUUUAGGAGAAGAAUGGUUUUUUUAAUCUCUCUUCUCUAAUAACAGUAACAAGUGAUUCUUCAGCUAAAAUGCAUUUAUCAGUUUAAGUUACUUUUUUUCAGUUGUUCAGGAGACAUGAAUACCUAAGAGAAUAUAUCUUAGUUAAUUGUUAAACUGCAUUACUCAAAUCAGAUUAAAAAUUACAGAUGCGUAUUCAGGAUUGAAGAGGCCACUUGCUGGAGAAGUAAAUUAAGAUAAAACAAAUUAAGGGUGCUUUAGUUCUGAAUAUUGACUUCUACUAAUCAAGUUAAUGAUAUUUAGGUAAAUUGUUUGAAUGAAUGUCUUCAGUUACUUCAUUUCAUGUUUCUGUAUAGAAAGUAAUUCAGUCUUCUUUAACUGCAUUCUCUUAAUUAGCUAUCUCUCAAAACACUUUCUUAUUCAAAUGUUUGGUGGACUAGCCAAACAUUUCUAGGAGAAAUUGUGAUUUUGCUUUUUGUACUAAACAUAAAAAAUAAGAACCAGGUACUAGCACAUGCUACUUUUACUAUUUUAUCCUGUAAUUUAAGUAGAUUUUUCAGAAGUGCAGCAUUUAUAAUAAUUUCCAGGUUGUUAAUAUAAUGUAUUGACUGUUGCCAGAAUUAGACAUGCUACAUUUAAUGCACUGUCCCUACAGUAGUAACAGGAGGAACUGCCAGUAUAAGUAUGUGCAUCAGCACCUGCUUCGUCCUUGGUGAGUGAUGUCCAAAGCCCCAUUUUGUCUUCCUGCUCAGCAACAUGAGCAUGUUUCUCAGUUUACAGUAGCACUGAAGAUAUGGUGGUACAAGCUGAAUAUAACUAGCAAAGUAGGUAAAAACUUCUUCCCUGGGGCCCCGAUUUGUUCAUUAGCUGUUUCACAACCAAGUAUUCCUUCACCACUAUAUAUUUCCUGUAGUCAGUUUAUUACAAUCAACAGCCAACAAGGUUAUUUUGUUAGUCCUGCAGGGUUUCUUUGUUGCUUUGCUCUGUGUCUGUACUACAGAAGGCUGCUGCUUUGAGCUUGAUGACUGUUGCCAAACAUGAGUAUUUCUGAUUGUCAUCUAUGUUCCUAAAGUGGGUAUGGAAAGAGUACAAGUCUGAAAGUAAUUUGAUUACAGUUAUUCUCUGGGUUUUGUCUGGUUUUCCAAGUACAGCUUCCAGUUUGUAGUUGAAUCACAAGUCAUUUGAUAGCUUUCUUUUCUGAGUUUUUAGUGUCUUCUUAGGUUUAACUGUUUUUUACAGUCAUAGAGGCAGUGAGCUUCUCAAAAGGUAAUGAGUAUUAGCUACACUCUUAGCAGUGAAGCUCACCCAAGCCUUGUUUCUUUUGUAUCUUCAGUGGGUUUUCUGUAGUCAUAGAUCAUAUUAGCUUUCAUCUCCUCUGUGUCACAAUACUUCUAUGAUUUAUAAACCAUGUGUCUGUGGCCUCUAUUAAUAUAGUAAAUUAAUUACACUUUUUAUGUAUGGUGUGCAAGAAUUAAGGCUGGAAUAUUUAUUCAGUGCAUGGUAUGAAUAUUUUGUGUUGCUGCCAGGCAAACUCUGCAGGGACAGGAGAGGUGGGAAUCCUACCCAGAUGGAUAAAGAGUUGUGGUUGCAGUUGUGUUCGAUGCUGCUGACCGACCUUCACAGCAUCUACUGCUCUGCACAGCAAGGACUACAAAAUGUUGAGUAAACUUUUUGCCAUGACUUUGCUUUCAUUCUCUCCUGUUAUUUGGAGGAGACAGGAGGAGAGCUGGGUCUCAGACCCUUGAAGAGUUUUCAAUUAAUUUACUUAAUAAUGCACUUGGAAGGACUGCUAUAUAGUGCCAACGCGUUCUGCCAAUCAUAGCCAAAGUGAAUUCAAUUUACCCUCCUAGCUGUCUUUCUGCUAAUGCAAGCAUGUGAAUGCAGACAAGGAAGAAGGUCACUACAGCAUUAUUAUUUUGGAAAAAGUUUCCUGAUUUCUGUUCUUGGCUAACUGGAUUUCUCACUGCUUUAAAUCCAAACCAGCAAGAUGUUGGCUGAAUGUCAUCGCUCAUAUUGUGACUACUAGAAGGCUACAUGAUACUCAGACUGAACAUGAUAGAUUCAACUGUGCAGGUUCAACAGUUCUUACAGUGCAGGUACACAUAUUCAUAAAAACAGAGACUAAUAAGGAAUUUAUCAAAGAUACCAAAUAUUGAAGAUAUUUACCCAUGUAAACGCUUUGGUAGGAUCCUGCAGACUAGGGUGAAUGGCUUCACUGCUUGUCAUGCAUUGUGCCUGUUUACUUUUGUGACUUAGAGGGAGGCUUUCAAAGCUGUCAGGAUAGCUUUAUUCACUAGCAUUACUGUUCUAAAAAUAAAUAUCUCCUCAUUACUGCUCACAGGAAACACCAGUAGAUUCUAUUGAUGCUGUGUCUCAGAACUAACUUAACAAGCUAGAAUAAAUGUAUGCCCUCUGAGAGAUGAGAGACAAGAAACAACUGACUGAAGGUUAAAAAUGUAGCAGUCCAAGGCAUUGCAUUGAUUGGGCAAGCCACAGUUCUCAUUCUUCUGCCAAAACUCUGAUACCACGUGUUGCCUGUUUUUUCAGUUAGAAGCUGAUUAUUUUAUUUACUGAACUAGUAGUCUGCGUUUUCUGUCCUUUAGCAAGGACUGCAAUUUGUAGGAAGCAUUUAACCACUCUGAAGAAUAUUGAUUUGAUACCUAACAUUAUGAUUUCUAGAACUCAAAAGGAGUUAGAAAGAGUUGCCUUUUCUUAUUUCAGUCACUGCAGUAAUUUUCAAACUGAAAGAUCUCUGGGUCCUCUCUAAUGGCAAGUAGAAUGAGAUCCAAGCAGCAGUGGAUGGAUAUGUUUAGAGGGAAAGGAGUUAUGAGCUACUUUCUCUGGAAAUGGUCUGUAAAGUGCAGCAGCCGCAGCUGGAGAAUCAGUAGAAAUGCCCCCUCUUGCAUUUUGACUUAGGGUAGCUUUAAGUGGUGUGGAAGAACAACUUCUAAAGGACUGGGAACAGGAUAAAUUGAAUUGAAACUCAGCCAUGAGAGACACCAGAGUUUUAACAGGCAUUGCUGUGUUAGACAAGCAGCCAGCUGCCUCACUUACUGUCCUGCCAUACACAUUCUUCAGCCAUAGUCCCAAGAGAGCCACUCCCUUAAUCAUUAGUUGUCAUCUAUUUGAUUGUAUUUAAUUAUGGUUAUUGAUGGAUCUCCAGGUACCUUCUGGGAAGCUGUAUUAAUUGGAAACAUACAGGGUGCCAGGUUCCUUCAUUCUGCCUAGAGACCAAAGGCUUCUACUGACAGGUUGAAAUUAAUCAGAGAUAAAAUCCUUUUAGUGAUACGACCAACUGAGCCAAAGCCUGCAUCAAGCUUUAACAAACUGUACUUCUCUUUAUGGUCCAUUGUCUCAGAACUGGCACUGAGAGAUAUAUGGCCCUGCAGAGGGAUGAGGGAAGAUAGAGAGGAGUGGAGCUACAGGAUUUGUUCCAGAACUAUGACACCACUAGCAUCUUAAUUUGCAUGCUGUUAAAUACAUUUUUUACUUCAGAGAAGACCCAUUUAAUGUGCAAGUGUCUCAGCUAGAGAUGUUUCUGGGGAUCUUGGAAUGGAUCAGAGCAGAUAAUACUUUGUGGCAUCUCUGAGCAAAUAAGGAGGCACAGGUGAUUUGCAGUGGAAAUGAGCUGAGUUUCCUAGACCCUGGGAAUUAGGGAUGGCCUCAGAACUACUCAGAUUGACAGGAAAAUGCAGGGCAGCUGAUCUGAUUGAGAUAGCACAGGAUGAGGGUUGUUGUGGGGGUUAGGAUGGGGUGUGACAUAUCUAGUUGUGAGUGCAUUAAUAUGUUGUGCUAAUAAGAGCAGUAAGUGCUGAUGCUGUCCAAGCACAAUAGCUCAGCAGGCAGGAGUUAAGGCUGAACCACCUGGAAUCUUAGCAAACUGGUUACUUUCACUGCCAAAGUUAAAGUGGAAGUGCUUUAAAUUUUAAGGCAUCUCUAAUUAAAUUGGUUUAAGGAGGUCAGGAUGAGACAGAUAAGAAUAAAGUGUGGUUGGUGAGGGCAUUAUGAACUGGUAUGGUGCAUUCAGGAUAAAUUUGUGUGAAUAUGGUGGAAUUUAUCUGAAAGCUGGAUCCAGGCAGUCAAAAAGACAUGGAUAUCAACUCUAUUCUUUUUUGCCAAUACAACAGUUUUCCUAGCCUCAUCCCCUAACUGAUUUUUAGGUAGUAUCCAGAUGUUUUACAUAACUACACCAGAAAGUGAAGAAUACAUGGUGUAAUUUCUCAUCUCUUAAAGAGGUAUCUAAGAUAGCAGUCUCAUUUUAAAGGGUGUAUUUUAUUACAGCAUUGCUAGCAUUGUUUUUAAUUGUGGCAUAGCAUGUACUGUAGCAUCAUAUGAAACCCUUAUUCAGUUGUGAUAUAUAUAUUAUUUUCAAAUCUAAUAUUAAUAGUUUUAAGCUCUAUGGUUCAUUUUGGUUUUGACCGGCUGAAAUGCAAGCUAGGAUUCAGUUUUAAACGUGUCAAUACAAGAAAAAAAAAAAGCUGUAAAUGCUAAUUAGUGAAAGUUAAAGUUUUACAUGGUUUUUGUAGUUGUACAUUCAAGAUUCACAGUAAAACAUCUCUGGGGUUCACUGUUGAGGGAAUUUAGUUUCUGACUGGCCCUAUAAAGUCAGCACUUCUGUCCCAUCCAUUAGUGACUUGGUGCUAUCAGCUAUACAAAAUACAGACUGUAGAGACAUUUGGCUAUUCAAUAACACAACCUUUUUGUAGUUCUGCAUUCUUCCUUAAAAUGAAUGUUUAAUAUUUAAAAAUAAUGUUUAAUAAUAAAACUGUGUCCUGCUUCAGA